AUGCAUGGCUCCAGUAAGCCAGCAAUUGGUUUGGCUCAGAAUGACUGUCCAGCAGAGCUGAAAUGCAACUUUGUGUGUGACUGUCUGCAUUGCAGUGAUGAGCAAAACUGCGGCUAUAAUGGGAGAAACUUUGGGUGUGACUUUGAGGAUGUGGCGAUCUGUGGGUGGAAAGAUGAGUCUGACACCACUGUCUACAGCUGGGAGCGCCGUACCCGCGGGGACACACUCCCUGACAGUGGACCCUCCUCUGACUUCACCACAGGAACCUCCAAAGGCUGGUUCAUGGCAGUCACAUCUGUGAACUCCCCCAGUGUGGCGCUGCUGGUGUCUCCCAUGAUGAGGGAAUCUUCAGUUACCUGUCGGCUGCGUCUUAGGUACUUCAUAUGGGACUCAGGCCAUGCAGGGUUGGACGGGCGUUCAUUAUGGGGGUCAGUGCUGAGGAAGGAUGGCGGGGCAGCCGUGGUGUGGCGGCCAGAGGUCACCAGCUUUCGGGGCUGGAGGGAGGCCUCCAUCUACCUGGGCCGCAUUUCCCAGGAAUUCCAAUUCCGGCUACACUCCCACAGAAGCCAGGGUCAUCGUGGUGAUAUCGCUAUUGAUGAGCUGGAGUUUCUGGACUGUAGCCUGCCUGACCCAGAGAAGAAGUGUGGGGUGGGCUCACUGGAGUGCGGUCGGGGAGGCUGUGUGGAGGCCAAUCAGAUCUGCGAUGGCUCUGACGACUGUGGCGAUGGGACUGAUGAGAAAAACUGCGGAGAGUACUGGAGCUGUGACUUUGAGGAUGGACUCUGUGGUUGGGACCUGAGGACAUUUUCCUCACUCAAAUGGGGCCGGACCACUCAGCAGAACUUAUCUUCUGUGUCCGUUGACCCUUGGGUUGGACCUGGCCGAGACCACAGCACAAAUACUGCCUCAGGCUCCUUCCUGUACCUCACCUCAGCAGACAACAUGAAAAGUGAUUGGUCACAGUUUCAAAGCCCUGUCUUAGAACCAACCAAUAGCACGAAUCCAUGCCAGAUGGUGCUGUACACCCACCAGUUUGGCCCAAGGGCUGGGGGGCUUUCGAUAUUGGUGGUGGACACUCAGAUAUAUCCUGUCUGGGAGCGAGGUGGCGAGCUGGGAGACCUCUGGGUGAAGGCGGAGGUGGAGUUCAACAUAAAUGUCACUUUUCAGAUUGUGCUGGUAGGGGCCGUACGAGAUGAACACUAUGGAGGCCUCGCUAUCGACACCAUCAGAAUGUCACCAGGCUGUCGGAUCUCCAAUGCGUCCUCCCCUAACGCAACGUACCCAAAGCCUCCUCAACACCCCUGUACCGGUACUGACCUGAUGUGUAACUUUCAGCCCAACUGUCCGAACGCUGAGGACGAGGACAAGUGUGGUGACUUCUCUUAUAAGCAGGGCAGUGCUGGUUGGGCAGAUGCCAGUUUAGGAACACAAGGCUGGGCACUGCACCUUGUGCAGAAUGGCUCCUCAAAAGAGGAGUACCUGUAUGUGACAGAGGCCCCGGGACAGCAGCUAAGUGAGGCCCGCACACGCACCCCUCCCCUGGGUCCCUCCGGUCCCGUUUGCACCCUGCGCCUCUCCUACAGCCUGGCUGGGAACAGUUCCCGCAUUGGCGAGCUGUCCGUCAGUGUGAUUGACAAGGUGCUGGGGACUCAGUCCCACCUGUGGGCGGUGAGCUCAGCGGGCUCGGAGGAGUGGGUGAAACAGGAGGUCUACAUCGGCGCUCGCGAUCACCGCUUCCAGCUGGAACUAGGAGCUAAAAAGUUCUCUCAUUCAGCCAAAAUAGCUGUGAAGGACAUCCAGUACAUUAACUGCUACUCUGAAUACUUUCCAGCUACACCUGAAGAUCUGUGGUGUAACUUUGAGGAGGGUCUAUGUGGUUGGUACCAGGACCAGACUGACAAUUAUGACUGGACUGUGCUCCAGGGAAUGGACCACACCAUUGGGAUCGGAACAAGUCUGGUUGUGGAUGUGUGGAGCACCGCUCUGCGGGGGCUGUCUGGCCGCUUGCUGUCCUUCCCUCACCUCCCCACCCCAGUUGAACACUGCCUGUCCUUCUGGUACAAACUCUACGGGCCACAGACAGGUACCUUAAAUGUGAAGGUGCUCUCCGACGACGGUGCAGAGGUCCUGCUCUGGACUCGUAGUGGUGCCCAUGGCAAUACCUGGCAUGAGGGACAGUGCCCAAUCCCCCCACAACACAUUAACUUCCAGCUGGUCUUUGAGGCAGUCCGUGCAGGCUUUGAUGGGCAGGUGGCGAUCGAUGAUGUGGUGGUUUUGGCCAGACCCUGUGGGGCCCAGUCUCUCUGCUCCUUUGAGGGUCAGACCUGUGGCUACACAUCUAGCGGGGACUCUCGCUGGGUGCACCAGAACCAAGUCUCUGGAGGAGUGAAGCCCGCUCCGACGACUGACCACACACUGGAGACUGAGGCAGGGUACUACAUGAUAGCCGACACCAGCGUGGAGGUCCUUCCUCUGGGCAGCAUGACCAACCUUACCUCCCCAUCCCGCAGUGCUGCCCCCCAGACGGAAUGUGUUCACUUCUGGUAUCACAUGGGAGGGGAUAAGCCAGGCUCUCUGAGUGUGUACGUCAAGCCUCAGAAAGGGGAACGGAUGAAGGUGUUCAGUGACAGCCUGAAUCAGGGAGAUGUCUGGCGCCAUGGCAAAGGCAACAUCAGCAGCACUGAAGACUGGCAGCUGGAGUUUGUGGUGGAAGGAGCAGGUGGCACAAAGACACACAUCGCCAUUGAUGACAUCAUCUUAUUAUCUCACAGCUGUCAUCGGCCAGACACAGAGUGUGAUCUGGAGCAGGGCCUGUGUGGCUGGUCUAACACUCAGGCUUCAGGCACCCUGGACUGGGAACUGAGCAGCGCAGAGAAGGAGACGCACUACCCAACCCCACCCCACGACCACACCCUGGAGACCGAGAAAGGGCAUUUCCUGUUCCUUCCCAAUAGCCCCCGUGACACAGCAGGUGAAGAGGCGUGGCUUCUGAGCCCCCACCUGCCGCCCACGUUGGGCACCUGCCUUCGGUUCUGGGCUCACAAACCCACCUCCCAUGACGGGGGGUUUGCCGUGUUCAGGGUGUCUGGAAACACACAGGAGCAGCUCCUGAAGCUGGAUCAGGUGAAUGGGGUCUGGAAACGCUACGACAUCAACGUCACCUCCAAGGAGGAAUACCAGAUUGCAUUUCAGGGAAUUAAAGGGAAGAUUGGAGUUUUGGCUCUGGAUGAUAUUCAGUACACUCCAGGAGUCGACUGUGCUGGGAAGAACACAGACUCAAAGCCAGCCCCGCCUCCUUCUGAUGACAAGGGGGGCAUUGCGGCGUCUGUCAUCGUGCUGCUACUGCUCCUGAUCACGCUGGCUGCUGUGCUCGUGUUCUACCUCCGCACACGGCACAGGAGGGGCUCCCAGGAUUCGAUCAAAAGGGCAGGAUCGGGCGGGAUCACCAAUGAGGCGUACGACCCAAGCGCAGCUGACCAUGUGACUGUUCCCCAAAUGAACAGGCAACAGGAAGACAUCUUAGACAACAUUACAUGUCACACAGACUCUGAGGAACGAGAGAUUCUUUAGAUGGAGAGCGCAAGAGAGAGCCCCCUGCUGGUGGCCUCUGCAGAAUUCGUGGUGACAUUACAGCAGGAGAACUGCUUGUGUCACAUUAGAGCUCAGCCCUCAAGCUUGACAAAAACAUUUGUACAACUCCUGAUAAUAUAUAUACCAGCACACUGACAUGCACACAUUGUCAUAAGCCACAGACAAUAUAGAGGAGCUCACAUUCAUACAUGAAGAGGCUCAUGCACACACAGACACAUUCAUGUCCAUAACGUUACACACAAUAACACCAGUAUACAUACAACUUUCACAGCAGCUAAGAUGGAUCCCUACCUCAUAGUUAAGAGGACAGCUUAUGACUGAUUAGAUCCAUAUAGCCAAGGGUGGUCCUGAAUGUUCACUCCUAGUACAAAGCAGAAAAGGGCCUUAUUUGGGUAAUGGAAGGACGGGGUCAGCAGUGUUGCGAACUUCAGAGUGUAAAGUCACGCUUUGACGAAAACAUUAAGAGUAAUGUCUGGGUUCACCCAAGGACAAAUUGAUCUUAUUUACACCCUGCUCCUUAAGUUUCUACAAAUUGC